AUGCAAAGGGAGGAAGAGAAGGAAAGGCGCCGUCAACGUGACAGGCAAAGGAGACAAUCUAUGACUGAAGAACAAAGGGAACGCCACCUUGCUAGACGCCGUAGAAACUACCAGCUCCGAAGACAGAGAGCAGCAAAUGCUCCUUUUGUUCCUCUUCCUCAAUCAGUUACCACCGGUGAAGCCACUACUAGUGCUCACCUUCAAUACUACACUCCUUCUACCUCGUCAGAUCACACACUCCUCCAUCAUCCCCAUGAAACAUCCCAAACUCUUCAAGGAACAUCAAUUCAAGUGGAAGGUGUACCAAGAAGAAUGCGUCUAAAUAACAUUAAACGUCUCGCACGAAACCUAGUAACUCCGAUGAGUGUGCCACCUGGCAAUCACCAAGUCGCGGCAGAGUUGAUGCCCUGUCCAAGUGGGGAUGGUAACACAACAAAACCCUUGAGUUUAAUUCGUGUCAAGCGCCUUGCUCGAUCAUUAAGCUUUCCUUCCCAAAACACUCCUGCUCAGAAGGAUCACAGUGCUACUAAUUGUUAG